AUGGCAGGCCAGGACAAGAAGAAGUCCAAGAAGGCCGGAGCCAGAGGCGAAGCUGGCCCGGUGAUCACUGAUCCCCGUUUUGCUAAUAUCCAAUCUGACCCUCGUUAUCGCCUACCGAGCAAGCGCCAGACUCGUGUCAAACUCGACAAGCGCUUUGCGCACAUGCUCGAUGAUAAGGACUUCUCUCGAAAUGCUGCCGUUGAUCGAUAUGGUCGCAAACUUGCAAAGGAUGACACCAAGAAACAGCUGAAGAAGUUUUACAGCUUGGAAGAUGAUGACGAGGAGGAUGAAGCGGACGAGGACGAGGAUGAUCUGAACGCGGAUGACGACGACGAGGUGCAAAAAGAGUUGAAGCGCGUGGAAGAACGUUCAUAUGAUCCUGCUAGAGAUGGUGGCUUCACAGAAUCAUCUUCCGAAGAGAGCUCCAGCGACGAGGAGGAAGAAGAUGAGGUGGAGAAUGAAGACGACGAGGUCGAGUUCCCAGACAAGCAGCAAGCCAAUGUGCCACUUGGAGAGGUUACGAACCGCGUCGCAGUUGUCAACUUGGAUUGGGACAACAUCCGUGCUGAGGACUUGAUGGCCUGUUUCUCCAGUUUCCUACCAGCGGGUGGUCGCGUCCAAAAUGUCACCGUUUACCCCAGUGAAUUUGGAAAGGAGCGAAUGGAAAAGGAAGAGAUUGAGGGCCCUCCAAGAGAGAUCUUUGCCUCGGCCAAGGGAGACGCUGCGGAUGAGGAUGAGGAAGAGGAACUUGAUUCCGAGGAAGAGGAGGAGCAAAUCAAGAAGUCUUUGCUCAAGGCCGACACGGGUGAAGAAUUCAACUCUACGAAACUGCGCCAAUACCAGCUUGAGCGGCUGCGCUACUUUUACGCCAUCCUUACGUUCUCAAAUAAGGAAUGUGCCAAGCACGUUUACGACCUCGUCGAUGGCGCCGAAUACCUUUCCAGUGCCAACUUUUUCGACCUCCGCUUCGUCCCCGAUGAUACCGAUUUCUCCGAUGACAAGCCUCGCGAUACGUGCUCUCGAAUCCCCGAUGGAUACAAGCCGAACGAAUUCGUGACAGAUGCUUUGCAGCACAGCAAGGUCAAGCUGACCUGGGAUGCGGACGACAAGUCACGAAAAGAGGCACAGGCUCGGGCGUUCCGCGGUUCUCGGAAAGAAAUCGACGAGAAUGACCUGAAAGCAUACCUAGGGAGCGACAGUUCUGACAGCGAGGACGAGGAAGAUGGCGGUGUGGAGGUUGUUGAUAACACUGCAAACGAAGGCACAAGCGUCAAGCUUUCCAAGAAGGAGGCCGAGAGACAACGCAUGCGUGAAUUGCUUGGUCUGAGCACCAAACCUACUCCUUCUUCCAAGUCCGCUGGCCCCGUCGGUGAGAUGGAGGUUACCUUCACAUCUGGUCUCGCGGGCGGCCGUGGCAAGGAUACAAGUAUCUUUGAGAACGAGCCCCAAAUUGAGGAGACCGCCCUUGAGCGUUAUGUGCGGAAGGAGCGUGAACGCAAGAAGCGACGCAAGGAAAGACGCCAGGCUGAGAAACAGGGCGAGGAUCCUUCUGAAUCUAAGGAGGCGGAGAGUGGUUCUGAUGCUGAGAACGAACCCAACCCAGCCGAGGAGGAAGACUUGGGCUUCAACGAUCCAUUCUUCAACGAUCCUAGUGGCAAGGCUACGUCUGCGGCUCGUCGUAAGGAGGAGAAGCGCAAGAAGCGCGAGGAACGUGCUGCGGAGGAAGCUGCCUCGGCAGCCCAACGUGCCGAGCUCGAGUUGCUGAUGCUGGACGAUGAGAAGGCAAAGAUCCAGCACUUUGACAUGAACGAGAUUGAGAAGGCAGAGAAACAGGCCCGACGGAAGGGCAAGAGCAAGGGCAAGGGCAAGAACAAGAACCAGGAGGCUGCUGUCACCGACGACUUCAAUGUCAAUGUCAACGAUCCCCGGUUCUCUCGCCUGUUCGAGAGUCACGAAUUUGCCAUUGACCCGACCAACCCCCGGUUCAAGGCGACCUCCGGCAUGAAGGCCCUCUUGGACGAGGGUCGUAAGCGCCGACACACCGGAGAUGACGGUGAACCGGAGGCACCUACAGACAGCCGGGAUCGGUCCAAGAAGCAAAAGAAGGCCUCGAAGGACUCUGGACUUGAUGACUUGAAACAAUUGGCUGAUAAGGUCAAGCGGCGGUCCAAAGCGUGA